AGAACAAAGAACAGAGUGAUGUUUCGUCUGUUAGUUAGGUGACAUUUGUUUUCUUUAACAGAUGUAAUCACACCAGGACAAUGCUUUAUUUGCUGAUAAUAGUGGUCGUUUCCUGCUUACUGGGGCUACUUCCGGGACGGAUAGCCGUUCGGCUGGACCCGGAAGCGCGCAUGAACACGACCCAGCUAAUCCGCUACCAAGGCUACCUGUGCGAGGAGUACACGAUAAGCACUAGCGAUGGGUACCUGCUGCAAAUCCAGAGAAUACCACGUGGUCGCCUUAGCAACACAACAGGUGGACGUAGUCCGGUACUUCUUUGGCACGGUCUGCUCUCGUGCUCUGCGUGCUGGGUGGAGAAUCUCGCCAACAACAGCCUCGGUUUCAUCUUGGCAGACGCCGGCUUCGACGUGUGGCUGGGAAACAGCCGCGGUAACUCGUACGGACUUAAGCACGUGACCUUGAACACCAGUCAACCUGAAUUCUGGGCGUUCAGUUUUGACGAGAUGGCGCUUUUAGACCUUCCGGACACGGUUCGCUUCAUCCUUGGGGUGACGGGCGCUUCCAAGCUUCAGUACGUGGGUCAUUCCCAGGGGACGGAGAUAGCGUUUGCAGCACUGUCUCGGGACCCGGACCUAAACGAUUUGAUCGGCAUGUUCGCCGCACUGGGGCCCGCGGCGUACCUCGCCCACGUGAAGAGCCCCGUAAAACUGCUAGAGGAUCUCUCUGAGGAUGAGGUCCACAAGUGGUUCGGUUACAACGACUUCCUGCCUCGCUCGGACCUGUUACCGAUCAUAUGUGAGGAUAGCAUGGCCAGCACGUGUGAGGAUGUACUUUUCCUGCUGUGUGGGCCCGAUUCCGGAAACACAAACAAGAGCCGGAUACCGGUUUACAUUGGUCAGCAUCCUGCAGGAACCUCCGUACAGAAUAUGAUCCACUAUGUGCAGGCCGUCAAGACGGGUCGAUUUCAAAUGUUUGAUUUUGGCACGGAAGGAAACAUUAAAAAAUAUAAUCAGACGAUGCCGCCAGCGUACAACGUCAGCCAGAUCCGGACGCCAGUAGCACUAUAUGGGGGUGGGAACGACUGGCUGACCACGCCUACUGACGUCGCGCGCCUGCGCAGCGAACUUCCGGGUCUGCCGCCUCUCCUGCAGAUACCUAACUACAAUCACCUGGAUUAUAUCUGGGCAAUGGACGCACCCAAACUUCUCUAUCCUGACGUCAUCAAACGAAUAUCGGAUGGUGAUAAGUGACGUCAUAUAAUUACAUUUUCCAGUUAUGAUUUACUUUCCAUGAAACGGCCACCAACUAGAGAAAAGUCAAAUGUGUAUAUUAAAUUAUUAAUUGUUAACGCGUUGCUUUUGUUUUGCAUUCGUUGAUGAAAAUUAUCGUCAUAUUCUGGAGCAACAUCAGCAUUACCAUCAUUAUAAUUAUUUUUAUUAAUUUCAGUAAUCAUUAGAAUCAACAGUAUCUGUAUCAUUAUUUUAUCUUUGACCUCAUUAUUUUCACCUCCAGCACCAGCAACAGAAGUAAUAUUAAUAUCUUUUAUUUUAAACACCCGAACGAUUAUGAUCAAGAAGAUCAUUAGCCUGUUAACGAAUAGCUACGAAAUUGCAUUUUGAAUCUCGCUCUGGGAAAAUGGGGUUUAUUGCAUGUGAAGAAAGUGUCGUCCCAGCAUGUGAAGAAAGUGUCGUCCCAGCAUGUGUAGAAAGUGUCGUCCCAGCAGCCCGCAUAGGUUUAUCAGGGACGAUACUUUCAGCCUAGACUGGCUGUUAGUCGUCCCAGCAGCCCGCAUAGGUUUAUCAGGGACGAUACUUUCAGCCUAGACUGGCUGUUAGUCGUCCCAGCAGCCCGCAUAGGCUUAUCAGAGAUGAUACUGUUAGCCUAGACUGGAUUUUAAUUCAUAAGAGACUUCUUUUUAAAGACAAAUACAAUACAAUCGGAAAGUGUUGUCAAUAAUAAGCAUGUGCGGACUGCACAGGCUAAUCUGGAUAGACACUUUAAGCACAUGCGUUUAAUCCCGUUUUCCCAGAGCAAGGCGACAUUAGGUUCCACACUGAACACGCAAUAAAACUAAAUUAAUUU